GUGUUGGUGUGGAGAGCCUAGCACGAAGCCUCCACCAGAAGGGCAUCACCACUGAUGGCCUUUCUGUCUAUACCAAGGACUCGCUUCCCCAGGAGGAUGAAGAUCGCCUCAAGGAGCUUGUUAACUCACUUGGCCUCGGAUUUCCUUUGUGUCUAGAAGCGAGUUGAGAGCCAAAAAGUAUUCACAAUAUGCAUGUGUGAUGACACAUCUAUGAGUGGUCAGCGCAGUAGCCUCACAACUGUGAGGUCCAGGGUUCGAUUCCAGCAACAGGACGAGACGUUUGGGCAAUAUUUCAUUACACCUGAUGCACCUGUUCACCUAGCAGACAAAGUUGGAGACGUCUGAGAAAUGUUGAACGAAGUACAGACGUCUGAGGAACGUUGGACGAAGUACAGACGUCUGAGAAACGUUGGACGAAGUACAGACGUCUGAGGAACGUUGGACGAAGUACAGACGUCUGAGAAACGUUGGACGAAGUACAGACGUCUGAGGAACGUUGGACGAAGUACAGACGUCUGAGAAACGUUGGACGAAGUACAGACGUCUGAGAAACGUUGGACGAAGUACAGACGUCUGAGGAACGUUGGACGAAGUACAGACGUCUGAGGAACGUUGGAUGAAGUACAGACGUCUGAGGAACGUUGGACGAAGUACAGACGUCUCCGGAACGUUGGACGAAAUGCAAGGAAGUUAUUGAUGACUUUUCAUUAGUGUAAAGUAAAACAUAAGAAAUACUAAUUUUAAUCUCUUCAGCAAAACAAUUGAAUUACAAAAAGUUACUGAAAAUAUAUAAACAACAAAAUAAUAUAUUAAAUAUGUAAUAAAUUUCUCAAAGUUCAAUACUGUACCACAAUAUAGAAGCUGGAGCACCGUACUGAAGAAGUACAAUACAGUCGCCAGUGAACAAGCAGAAACUGAACAAAAGUAUUGUGAGGUGCUAAUCAGUAAGUUCAGUAUGCCAGUAACGCAAGACAACAAAAACUGGUCCCGUUAUGGCCUGGCUUUGUGUACGGAAGGACGAGAUGCACUGGCUUGUGUGUUCAUGUGGUUGUACAAGGGCGGCUUCCCAGUAACUGUGUCCAACGUUAACCUCUUUGAUCAGGAGAAGACAAAGCUACAGGAUUCAACUGACGCGGCAGCGUUUGAUAUCCCCCUGUUGUACAAGCUCCUGCGGCGUGUGUGUGGUCUGGCUGACAUUAAGGACCCCACAUGGACCACUCCAGGGCCUAGCGGGCCAUCGCUCGAACACCUCAUUUACAAGCUGCUGGAGCUCCGACACAAUAAAUGGGCCCAUAUAAAUAAGAUGACUCGGCAAGACCUUGAGGAAAACCUGACAGAGCUCCGUAAUAUACUGAAGAUGAUGUUGGCUAAGGCCGGCGCCCGGUGUGGGAAAGACAGCCGUGAAGUGGACCGAAUGUUUAGAAACUUCACUGAGUAUAUUGACGCACUGCUAGAAAAUAUCAGAGAGCCGGUGUUUCAGCGCCAAAUGGGGGGCUUGACACCGCUUUCUUGGGAAGAUCCCAACAGAUUACGCCAGGAAGAUUUGCUAGUAUUACAAGAGCAAGAUCUCAACCAAUUGCGUUACGAAUUCGCUGUGAUUAAGGCAGGAAGAUUAGUACUUGACACAGUGUUCAGAUGGUCAUACAGAGGUACCUUCCCAGUACACAAUUACCUCACUGAGGAAUUGGGGUAUAAUUCUAAUAUGUACUGGUGGAUCUUCUCGAAUUACCAGCAGAAUAAGCUUCAAGCUUCUGACAGCACUGGUUUUGAUAUCUUCUUAUUAUACAAACUACUGCAGCAUGUGUGUGGUCUGGCAAAUUUUGCUGACCGUACGUGGACCACUCCAGGGCCAAGCGGGCCAUCGCUUGAGCACCUCAUUUAUAAACUGGAGCAACACCGAAAUUAUGCUGCUCAUGGACAACUGAGUAUGACUGAGCAAGACUUCAAACCGAGACUGAAAGAACUCAAGGACUUAUUUGUACAGGUGUUGACUCAAGCCGGAGGACGGUUUGGGAGAACUGAUAAUGAUGUGAGUCAGGUGAUCAACUCUGUCACCGUGUUUAUUGAUGCAUCGUAUACAAAGAUCACAGAGCUGCUGGACCCCUCAGAUCUUGCGGAUAUGGAAACCACCUCUACAAAUAGAUGAAGAUGUUCCAUAAACUUCCUUUUAAUUAUCAUGUAACAUUGUAGUUUUCUGCUCUAAGAGUCUGACCUUCCUUCCUGCUAAUACUCCUAUCAUUCAUGGUUUAAACUUUUAUAUAUAUAUAUAUAUAUAUAUAUAUAUA